CCAGGACCCCGAGGGCAGCGGCGGCUUCUGGAAGCGAAGCUUGGGGAGGUUUGGGGUUCGGGACAGCCAGCCGAGGCCGGCCGGACGGCAGGCAGGCAGGCAGGCAGGCAGAAAAGAUGGGGAACCGGGAGAUGGAGGAGCUGAUCCCGCUGGUGAACCGGCUGCAGGACGCCUUUUCGGCGCUGGGGCAGAGCUGCCUUCUGGAGCUGCCGCAGAUCGCUGUGGUGGGCGGCCAGAGCGCGGGCAAGAGCUCGGUGCUCGAGAACUUCGUGGGCAGGGACUUUCUUCCUCGAGGGUCAGGCAUUGUAACGAGAAGGCCUCUUGUUCUACAGCUUGUCACUUCAAAAGCAGAAUAUGCUGAAUUCUUACACUGCAAAGGAAGGAAGUUUACAGAUUUUGAUGAAGUUCGUCAAGAGAUUGAAGCAGAAACAGAUCGAGUGACAGGAAUGAAUAAAGGCAUUUCAUCUAUACCUAUUAAUUUACGAGUCUAUUCCCCACAUGUGCUAAACCUAACCCUUAUUGACCUGCCUGGAAUUACUAAAGUCCCAGUAGGCGAUCAGCCACAAGAUAUUGAAUAUCAGAUUAGAGAAAUGAUUAUGCAGUUUAUCACUCGAGAAAACUGUUUGAUUUUGGCUGUUACACCUGCAAACACAGAUCUUGCCAACUCAGAUGCUCUGAAGUUAGCUAAAGAAGUUGACCCUCAAGGUCUGAGAACUAUUGGAGUCAUCACCAAACUUGAUCUCAUGGAUGAAGGAACUGAUGCAAGGGAUGUUCUGGAAAAUAAAUUGCUUCCUCUUCGAAGGGGUUAUGUGGGUGUGGUAAAUAGAAGCCAAAAAGACAUUGAUGGAAAGAAGGACAUUAAAGCAGCUCUACUGGCAGAAAGAAAAUUUUUUCUUUCCCACCCAGGCUACAGACACAUUGCUGAUCGAAUGGGGACACCACAUCUUCAAAAAGUUCUAAAUCAGCAACUUACUAACCAUAUUCGAGAUACAUUGCCAAGCUUCAGAAGCAAGCUUCAGGGACAAUUACUUUCCAUAGAACAUGAAGUAGAAGCCUACAAAAACUUCAAGCCAGAAGAUCCAACAAGAAAGACAAAGGCUCUGCUGCAGAUGGUUCAGCAGUUUUCAGUGGAUUUUGAGAAGAGAAUUGAAGGAUCAGGAGAUCAAGUAGAUACGUUGGAACUCUCAGGUGGUGCAAAAAUAAACCGCAUUUUCCAUGAACGAUUUCCUUUUGAGAUUGUAAAGAUGGAGUUUAAUGAGAAAGAACUGAGAAGAGAAAUAAGCUAUGCAAUCAAAAACAUUCAUGGUAUCAGGACAGGAUUAUUUACUCCAGAUAUGGCAUUUGAAGCAAUAGUUAAAAAACAAAUUGUAAAGCUAAAAGGACCUUCACUGAAGAGUGUAGACCUGGUGAUGCAGGAGUUAAUCAAUACUGUAAAGAAAUGUACCAAAAAGCUUGCAAACUUUCCAAGACUUUGUGAAGAAACAGAACGGAUUGUUGCUAACCACAUUCGUGAAAGAGAAGGAAAGACUAAAGACCAGGUAUUAUUGCUGAUUGACAUCCAGGUAUCCUAUAUUAACACCAACCAUGAAGACUUCAUUGGCUUUGCAAAUGCCCAGCAAAGAAGCAGUCAGGUUCACAAGAAGAGUGCAGUUGGAAAUCAGGGAACCAAUCUUCCGCCUUCAAGGCAAAUUGUCAUUCGGAAGGGAUGGUUAACAAUCAACAACAUUGGGAUCAUGAAAGGAGGUUCCAAGGAGUAUUGGUUUGUCCUUACUGCAGAAAGCUUGUCCUGGUAUAAAGAUGAUGAGGAAAAAGAAAAGAAAUACAUGCUUCCCUUGGACAACCUGAAAGUUCGAGAUGUGGAAAAAAGUUUUAUGUCUAGCAAGCAUAUCUUUGCACUUUUUAAUACAGAGCAAAGGAAUGUAUAUAAGGACUAUCGCUUUCUCGAAUUGGCAUGUGACUCCCAAGAAGAUGUAGAUAGCUGGAAGGCAUCUCUACUAAGAGCUGGUGUCUAUCCUGACAAAUCUUUAGCUGACAAUGAUGAGAGUGGUCAAGCAGAAAAUUUUUCCAUGGACCCACAAUUAGAGAGACAAGUGGAAACCAUUCGCAACCUUGUAGACUCCUACAUGUCAAUAAUCAACAAAUGUAUUCGAGACCUGAUUCCCAAAACAAUAAUGCACCUUAUGAUCAACAAUGUCAAAGACUUCAUAAACUCAGAGCUCUUAGCACAGUUAUAUUCCUCAGAGGACCAAAACACUUUGAUGGAAGAGUCAGCUGAGCAGGCUCAGCGCCGUGAUGAGAUGCUUCGAAUGUACCAAGCCCUUAAGGAAGCCCUCGUAAUUAUUGGUGAUAUCAAUAGUGCCACUGUGUCUACUCCUGCACCUCCUCCUGUGGAUGACUCCUGGCUCCAGCACUCUCGUAGAUCACCCCCUCCAAGCCCUACGAACCAAAGGAGACCAACACUAAAUGCUCCUCCAACCAGACCCACAUCAGGCCGAGGACCUGCUCCAGCAAUUCCAUCCCCAGGCCCCCAGUCUGGGGCUCCACCAGUACCAUUCCGUCCAGGACCUUUACCUCCUUUUCCUAGUAAUAGUGAUGCAUUUGGAGCACCUCCACAAGUUCCAUCCCGGCCAACACGGGCUCCUCCCAGUGUCCCAAGCCGGAGACCACCUCCAUCACCAACUCGUCCCACUAUAAUUCGUCCAUUAGAAUCUUCCCUCUUAGACUAAGUGAAAUUUCUGGCAUGGCAACUAAUUGCUAAUGAAUUAUAUGAAACCAACUAACUUGAUAACUGUUGCAAUAAAUCAUGAGUAGUCGCAUGUGUGGACAUCUGUAGGCAAGUAACCAGUUUUACUAAUACUUUCAUCAUUCAUUCUCCAUUGCCUGUGGCAUUUCCAAUCUUUGGGGAAGGUCCAUAAUGCUUCAACCCAUGAAAAUGACUGACCUUAUAGAAUCUUCACAUGGGCAGGGUUUGGGGUGCAUUCCUAUAUAAAGAAACAAGAACUUUGAGAAUAUAUAUUUUACCUGCUUAUGACUGAACUUGAUCUUUCCAAAUUUAAGACCAACUUGCUUUAAUGAUGUUUUUCCAUUAAGGAACAUUCCUGUGUAAUAAAGAAUAGUAAUAUUAUGCAACACAUACUUCUUUCCAUAAAUUCUAAUUAGGGUGAGAGGAAUUCAGUUGUCUGUUAUUAAAGCUGCUGCCUGCUCUGUAAUUACAUACUCAGAUUCCUUUACCCUCUCCUUCCUUUCACAGUCCUGCUGAGAAGUGGUUUCAUUAUGAUUUCUUAGGAGUCAAAGCUUUCAAAAUUUAUAAGGUGCUUUGCUAAAGAAAACUCACUGCAUUGCAUAAUAUAAAGACCUUUUCCUUCUACUGAUUUGUUUUGCUUCAUGUACAACUGUGAAUCAAAGCUUGUUCUUCAUUAAUCAGUCAGUGGGCAUAGAGGAUUAAUUUCAGAAUUUAAAAGUGAAGCAAAACACCACAUCUGUCAUAGUGUCUGAGAAACAGUCUUUCUUCUUUCACAUAAGUAUUAAUAUCCACAUACCAGUGAUGGCUGCCAUGAUUUGAAGUAAGGCAGGAAUGAAACUAAUACAAAAUGAAUCUGAAUCCUUGAGAUCAAGUCCUCUUGCUGCUGUGAAAUGAGUGGACUGACCAACUGCAUACUUUAAAGACAGUUUUGUGAUGUCAAUUCAUUCCCAUUGACUCCAUUUUCUGAUUAUUAUCUUGAAUGUUUUGGUGGAAGCAAGCAUUCCCCAUUAAUUUGUAAUUCCCUUAAUUAAGCAUUUGCUUUAUCCAUUUUCCCUAGUGGAGUGUUAAUUUUUGGUUUUUUAUUCAUACCAUUCUUAAUAAAGUUUGGAGCUUAUUAAAGGUAGCCACCUGUUAAAGGAUGGGUUAUGCAACUGAGAACCUGUCAACAUAGGUGUGCAGUGGUGUGAAGAAGAAACUAACACUUUUAAAAUCACCUAGCUCCUAGACCCAAUUUAAGGUCACUCAGUACCCUGAGGCUUCAGAAGAAAGAUUCAGAACAUUCAGAUAUGAAACAAAAGUUAGUCUUAAAGAACAGGGGACAAUCUUUUUUUCCCUUUCUAAGGUACUUGGCAAUUUGUUUUUUUCAAGGGCAGAUAAGCCGAUCAAUUAAUAGUUCAAUCCUUAGCACUGAGUGUUGUGCUGCUGAGGACUAUGUGAAGUGAUAUGAGAAAAACCUCUACAAACUAAAGUGAAUUUCAUCAACUAUUCUCAGACAACAGACCAAAUAUUCAUAUAAUAAUUGUGUCACAUAAUGCUAUCUCAUAGUAUACAUAAGUAAAUCAGAUUUUUUCCUACUAAAAUCCUUUGCUUUGACAGCAGUUCAUAUGAUUUGUUUGUUAGUUUAACUUUAAUUUCCUGUCGUUUAUACCCAAAGCAGGCAGCUGUAGAGUAUAAGAUUAAAAAAAAUUAAUCAAUGGGUAACCAUUUCAAAAAGAGGAUUUACUAAGUUCAGUGACUGAAUAAGGUGUUUUCCUUAUUAAACUUUAUAAAUGUUCAACAUUAAUUUGGACAAAUAAAUAUUAUAGGUAGUAAUCAACGAAUGAAGUUGCAUUUGGUAACAAGGACAUGUCAUCUUUAUAGUUUCCAAAUAUUUAGGUUUGGUUUAUAGGUCAAAGUAGGGGGAAAAAAAACCUAUUCCUUAGCUAUACUAUUCUCCCAUUUCUUGUUUUCUCAUUGUUGAAAAAAAAAAGUCUCCCUUUGUAAAUGGAAUAGAUGUUCAGUGUCCAUAUUCUCUUUUUAAAAAAAUAUGUCUUAGGAAAGUGGAAACUAUUAAAUAACUUAUCAGAGUUAGGGGAUACAAGAAGACAUUUUCAUAUGAAUCUCCAUUUUAGGAUUUCCUUUUGUCCUUCACUUUCAUUAUCUUAAACAGGCAAAAAGGCAACCAGCUGUCUAAUACUCUUCCCACUUCAGGGGUUUGGCUUAGUACAAAAUGUGGUUUUACAUUUUGCUGUAUUUAAAAAAAAAUUUCCUUCAAGUUAAAGGAAAAUAUUGUGGAUAACCACUGGUGCAUUUUAAAAUUGUCUCAAACCAUGUCAAAGAAAAUUGCAUAUUUUUUUCAAGUUUCUUUCCACUGAUCUUAUGCAGUCAUAAACAAUACAUUUGUCAUCUUUGGCUUUCACUCCCAGAUUAUACCCCCGCAGUUAAACUUUUGGCUAUAACUGCCCCCCUUUUGGGGGUACUGUUUUUUGUGUUUUCCCCACUUCUAAGAUGUUUCUAAUAGACUCUAGCCACCCUGAGGACUUGGACAGUCAUGUGUGCUAUAUGAAUUGUUUUUUAGUAUUGUUCCCAUUUCCCAAAGAGCUCAUGUUUUCCAAAAGAGAGAAGCUGAUGUAAGGGAAAUCUGAACUUCUGAAGAAUUUUUGCUUUGGGGCACACCCUGCACAUAUGGCCUUAAGAAAGGAGUAUACCUGAAUGUGUGGUACAAAUGUUUACCAUGCUGGCUCUAGCCUCCUAUGGAACUUUCUUUUAAGCUAGCUGCUCAACCUCUGUAACUCCUACAACCACAGCUCUAUCAUAUCUGGCACAGGAGAGCAAGCAUACAUGUAGACACGAUGGCUUGAAGUAGUUUUAUUUCCACAAACAAGAUAAAUACUGCAUGUAUACUGACAUGUUUCAAUAACAGCUAAAUAAGAUGUGGACAGAAUGUUGAAAUAGACUUCACUUUCAACAAGUAUAUUUCACUUCCAAAAACCGGUAGCAAACAUUUAACUCCUCAACAUUGCUUUGAGCCAUGCUUCAUUAGGUAGAUGGGCAGCAGGAUCUGCUUAUUAGCCAAUUUCCUAUUUGUUGGGAUGGAAACUAAGUCUAACCCAAACCUUAGAAUGAACAGUUUCCUGAGCUAUUUAGGUAGAUUAAGCCUUCUAAACUUAAAGAAUAAAAAUAGUCAAGUAGACUUCUGUGUAGACUGUAGCCAUAACUCUCAAAUAUGAAAAAGGGACCUAAUACCAGUAUGUUAUAAAUGUUGAUGUUUGAUGUGUACAAACCUAUUUUUAUGCAUGUGUCACUCUGUAUACAGUAAAUAAUGAAUCAUGUUUAUGUAAGUACAUGUGUUUUGUGGAAGUUCAUAAAACAUUUGAUAAAAUGU